AUGACCUGGAACACGACAACUUGCCCAGAUGGGCUCCCAGAGUCCUCGCAGGUUAACUGCCCCCCCAAUAUCACCUUCGCCUUCGUCCCAUCCAUCAACACUAGUAACCAGGCAUUUGUGACCUGUUGCUACCCCAACCCAAUCGAAAUUGCGGACGGCUGUUUCGCAUGGUGCGAGGCUCCGCCAGCAUCAGCAUCAGAACAGAGCUUCUCAGACUGUCUUAUAAUAAAUGAAAACGGUGACAGCAGAUGGAGACAUGGUAGUUUGGGCUUCCACGAGAAGAGUGCGGCUUCGGCAACGAGCUCGCAAAUGAGUUUGUUCGUCCUGGGUAUCUGGGCGUUAAGUGCGGCGGCGCUAUCCUAUUGA